AUGAAUCGAUUUUUGGAAGGCGAAAUCGGCAGCAAAAAGCUACCACCCAUCGGUGCAUAUUGGCAGCAUUCUCUACUUCCAAUUGAACAAGCUUUGGAACCAGUCAAGGCUAAUAUUGAUGGAUUGGACCGCUCUAUCAAAGAAGCCAAAAGACAUUGCUGUUACCCAUCACCACAUCAACUUACCAAAGACGAAUCUGCUGCUAUAUAUCUCUAUACUAUGGAAGGCGGAGACAACAGCUUCUAUCGCAUUUUAAACGAAGCUCUUCGCUCCGAAAACCGACGNUCAACAUAG